GCGAAAUUGAGUACGAUGGCGAUGUGACUUCUUCCAUUGAGGAGCUCAUGCAGCCUGCUUGCCUGUUAGCUGCCUGUUUUAGGUGAAAGGAAAAAGAUGCAAGACUCGUGGGGACUUGGAACUGGGAAGCAAAAGCGUGUGUUUGGAUCGAGGAAUACGAGGGCAGCCACACCAAGAAGUCGCCAAGGAAAGGUUGGCUGCCUGUGUUAGACACAAUUUUCAGUUUCUAGAAGACUUGGGUUCACACACCACGACCACAGGCAAAACAACAACCAACAUGUCCACCUCAACUAGUAGUACUAGCUCUAGCAGCAGCAGUAGCGAUAGCAGCAACAGCUAUGAUCAAUGGCAACAAUGGGCACAGAAACAGCGCCAGACUCGCCGCCAAGAAUCCGAAGAUUUGAUCUACGGCGAUGAUGAAAACGACGAACAAGUCCGACAACACAUGGAACUUCCCCACAAGAAGCGCGUCUCUCUGCUUGACGAUGACGAUGAAGACGACUGCUGUGAUCAGCAAGUCGCUCCUUGGAAAAUGCUUCCUCGAUUGGUCGCCGCUCGCCAGUCUCUAUUGGACGACGACAGCGACGACGAAGAAGACAACGAAUUCCGCACCCGUCUUCCUGUCUCCGCCGAUGCUCUCUUUUUGCCUCCGACUUCAUUGCGACGCAGCAACGAACGCACUGGUCGACUGUUCGCCAUGGCAUCCAUGCGUUCUUUGAAUACCACUGGCGACAACAGCAGCAGUAACAGCAGCGGCAACCUCGUCUCUCCCUCUCCUUCUCCCACUUCUCGACGAGCUCCUGUACUGCUCAAAGGCAAGAUGGAUGCUUCUCUUCCUCCCGCUCCACUUUCCAUUGUCUCGGCCAUGUCAUCACUGCGACGAUACAGCCACACACGCGAUACCACAGGAUCCGUGCCUCUUGUAUGAAUAAUAGAAAAUCAUAUACUAAACAAACACUGAUUACAAAUC